AUGAACUGUUUCCUGCAGAAUAUCACUAUCCAUAGUUUCGAUGCUUGCCAUGCAGUACAGCACUACAUGUUGCUUGAAGACACUAAAAAGGCAGAGUUUGAGAGAGAUUUUUCAGGACACAUCAUGGCUGUUACAGAUGCAGUGAGUGGAUGUAGAGGCUUCGUACUCAAUGUUACAUAGAGAUUUAAAGAGUGGAUGUGAGGACUGAAUGUGGUUGGUUGGUUGCUGUGAGUGGAUGUGAGGACAGGAUGUGGUGGGUUGAUGUGAGUGGAUGUGAGGACUGAAUGUGGUGGGUUGAUGUGAGGACUGGAUGUGGUGGGUAGAUGUCAGUGGAUGUGAGGACUGGAUGUGGUGGGUAGAUGUCAGUGGAUGUGAGGACUGGAUGUGGUGGGUAGAUGUGAGUGGAUGUGAGGACUGAAUGUGGUGGGUAGAUGUGAGUGGAUGUGGUGGGUUGAUGUGAGUGGAUGUGGUGGGUUGAUGUCAGUGGAUGUGAGUUUGAUGUGGUUUGAUGUGGGUGACUAGUUUUGAUGAGAAGAUGUGGUGGCUGACUGGUUAAUAGAUGUGGAUAACUUGAUGUAGAUGUGGUGUCUGCAAGGUGACUAGAUGAGUUGACUGGAUGUCAUAGAUUGGACAAAUUGUUAGGUUGUUGGUAUGUUUUUGAUGAAUUAGAAAGCUGUGGUUCUAAACUUGUCUGUGUUUGAAACAAACUCUCUCCAUUGCAGAUCACUGUUGAUUAUCCUGCCAGAUCAGAAUCCAUGUUCUACAAUGUUUUGGGUAAAUUAAAAAAUAUCACACCUGAAUCAUCUAUCAGUGAGGAUAUCCUUGUCCAGAUGUUCUUGUCCAACACGAUGACCUCAGAACAGAUCAUCAGCACUUUACCUGAAAGACAGGCCAGCAUUGCUUCAUACCUAUAUGCCAGGAUGGCCAGACCGUUUAAUAUAAAUCAUGUCAUGCCAAAUCUUGUAUGUAGUAUUUUUAAUAAAUGAUCCCCUCUUUGUCUUAAUGUCAUCUAAAAUAGUUUGAGAAUGUCAUGAAAAUAAAUCAUUUGGAAAAUAUAGAAAUUAAUAACUUGAGGGUCUACCUCAGGGUUGCUAACCGUCUUCUGUCCUAUCUCACUGUUGCUAACCCUCUGGUCUACCUCAAGGUUGAUACCUUCUUCUGGUCUACCUCAGGGUUGCUAACAUUCUGGUCUACCUCAGGGUUGCUAACAUUCUGGUCUACCACAGGGUUGCUAACCCUCUGGCUACUUCAGGGUUGCUAACCCUCUGGCUACUUCAGGGAUGCUAACCCUCUGGCUCCCUCAGGGAUGCUGACCAUAUGGUCUAAAUCAGGGCUGCUAACCAUCUGGUCUAUCUCAGGGCUGCUUACCAUCUGGUCUACCUCAGGGUUGCUAACCAUCUGGUCUACCUCAGGGUUGCUAACCAUCAGGGUUGCUAACCAUCUGGUCUACCUCAGAGCUGCUAACCAUCAGGGUUGCUAACCAUCAGGGUUGCUAACCAUCAGGGUUGCUAACCAUCAGGGUUGCUAACCAUCUGGUCUACCUCAGAGCUGCUAACCAUCAGGGUUGCUAACCAUCAGGGUUGCUAACCAUCAGGGUUGCUAACCAUCUGGUCUACCUCAGAGUUGCUAACCAUUUGGUCUACCUCAGAGUUGCUAACCACCUGGUCUACCAUCAGGGUUGCUAACCAUCUGGUCUACCAUCAGGGUUGCUAACCAUCAGGGUUGCUAACCAUCAGGGUUGCUAACCAUCUGGUCUACCUCAGAGUUGCUAACCAUCUGGUCUACCUCAGAGUUGCUAACCAUUUGGUCUACCUCAGAGUUGCUAACCAUCUGGUCUACCAUCAGGGUUGCUAACCAUCUGGUCUACCACAGAGUUGCUAACCAUCUGGUCUACCUCAGAGUUGCUAACCAUCUGGUCUACCUCAGAGUUGCUAACCAUUUGGUCUACCUCAGAUUUGCUAACCAUCUGGUCUACCUCAGAGUUGCUAACCAUCUGGUCUACCUCAGAGUUGCUAACCAUCUGGUCUACCUCAGAGUUGCUAACCAUCUGGUCUACCUCAGAGUUGCUAACCAUUUGGUCUACCAUCAGGGUUGCUAACCAUCGAGUCUACCAUCAGGGUUGCUAACCAUCUGGUCUACCUCAGAGUUGCUAACCAUCUGGUCUACCUCAGAGUUGCUAACCAUCUGGUCUACCUCAGAGUUGCUAACCAUUUGGCUACCUCAGAGUUGCUAACCAUCUGGUCUACCAUCAGGGUUGCUAACCAUCUGGUCUACCUCAGAGUUGCUAACCAUCUGGUCUACCUCAGAGUUGCUAACCAUCCGUGUUUGUGCAGUCUGUACAAAUGUUGUUGUUUUCUGUUUUUUUGUCAGUAAAAGUCUGAUAGAAUUUUAGGAUGUCCAUAAACAAAAGUAAAAUUCUCCUAAAGGCCUUUUAUAGAAAGAUAUAAAUUCUCAGAGUAUUUUUUUUUUUUUAAUUUUUUUUUUUACCCCUUGCUUUAUUUUGACUUGUAUGAUCAAAGAGAAGUCAUUUGCCAGGGAUAUCUUAAUUGUUUGCAAAUCAAUAUUUCAAAUAAAGUUGUACUUAAAGAUUCAUGAGUCACAAAAAAAUGUUUGUAAAAUUUGUGAAAAUUUAAAAUCCGUCAGUAAAUUUAAUUUUCUUGAGCUGGCAACACUGCUGGGUCUAUGUCAAAGACUGUUGCACCAAUGUAUUUAUAUAAUAAAGUUAUUCUGAUGCAAAGUUUUUAUUAUAUUCGCGCAAAAAUCAUGUAAAUGAAAUAUGAAAAUACUAAUUGUUAUAUAUUACUUCGUAAUGAAACAAAACUGUGAUGAAAAUAUGAUGAUCAGAAUAUUUUAUUAAAACUAAUUUUUGAAUCUUUCAGGGCAAUGGUGAAAUCUUAGAUCUUCCCUUGGAUUCAACCCCUGCCACCAGCCAGAGACUCUGGCCUGACCAAAACAUGCAAGAAUCUAGCAGGCAUUCUGGUCGUGACUUUUAUGAAGAGUUGUUUCAGUUAGAUAAGCCCAGUGAAACGGAGACCCCUGUGAUCAAGUAUAUUCCAUGUGACGUUGACAUUGACCUUCUUGGCCUAGAAAGGGGGACAGAC